AUGUUUAAUUUAUCAACCAUAUCAUAUCCUACAUCGGAUACUGCACAUCCGUUAUUAUUGUUACAGUCAAUACAUGGUGAAAAAUAUUUUUUUGGUAAGAUUUCAGAAGGUUCGCAAAGAUGUCUUACUGAAAAGAGGAUUAGAGUAUCUAAACUGGAAAAUUUAUUUUUAACUGGUGAGUUAAAUUGGAGUUCUAUCGGUGGAUUACCGGGUAUGAUCUUAACAAUUGCUGAUCAAGGAAGAGACAAAUUGAACUUAGUUUAUGGUGACCCAAUAAUCAACUAUAUUGUCUCCUCUUGGAGAUAUUUUGUGUUUAGAUUUGGAAUUAAUUUGAGAACAACCGUACUGAAAAACGAUGAAAUUUUCAAGGAUAAUCUACUUACUGUUAAAUCUAUCGUUAUUGGUAGGAAAUUUUACAUGGAUCGCGAAAAAUCUUUGUUUAAUUCUGUCAGCAAUAUAACAUUGAACAGUAUUGUAUCAAAUAUGUUUCCUAAACAUGCUCCAACAGAGAAAUAUGAUCCAACAUCAGAUCCUCAUUUGAACGUUGAGCUACCGAAAGAUAUAAAUAUAAAAGAUAUCGCAUCAACUACAAGCUAUGAAAUAAAUUUCAAUCCUAUAAGAGGUAAAUUUAAGGUUGACGAAGCAUUGAAAUUAGGUGUACCAAAAGGUCCCUUGUUUGCAAAAUUGACAAAAGGUGAGACAAUAACACUUGAAAAUGGUUCUAUUAUUACACCGGAUAAAGUUUUAGAGAAAGAGCGUGUUUUCUCGAAAAUCUUAGUUUUAGAUAUUCCUAAUGAUGAGUACUUCUCUAAUUUCAUAUCUCAUUUUCAACAUAACUAUAAUUCUACUAAUUUAGGUUCAGUUUAUUACUUCCUGGGAGACGAUGUUACAAUAUCCAAUGAAUUAAUACAAUUAAUGGAAAGUUUUCCUGAAGAGACACAGCAUUUUAUUUCACAUUCUAAAGUAUCCCCAAAUAAUAUUGUCUUUAGCGGUGCUGCAUCCACAAUUUUAAAAUUAAAAUCAUUGCAAAUUGAAAAUUACAAUUUGCCACGAACAGAUAGAGUAUUCUCAAAGGAAUUUUACGAUUUGUUCAAAGAUAAAACAGAUUUACUGCCAAGCGGUUCGACUUUAUCACAACAUCAAGAGCUUCCAUUAACAUCAACAAAGCUUUUAAGUAAAAAUAUUCAUGUCUUUUCAGAUAGAAAUGGAUUAGAUAUUAUACCAUAUACGAAUUCAGAUAAUAUUAACGAUUCUAUUGCUGGUACUGAAAAAGUUAAAAUUUUGGAACAACAUCAAAGUUCUUUCUCAUGGGACCUUAUUUAUCACAACAGUUUGGCAAAUAAAGAUGUUGAGGUAUAUUCUAAGACUAAAGUGAUUACUGAUCAGUUAAAUAUUAAUAACUUUAAUAAUACUUUCGAGAAAAAGAAAGGUGUGGAAGUCAUCACACUAGGUACAGGAAGUGCAUUGCCCUCAAAAUAUAGAAAUGUGGUUUCAACUUUGGUAAAAAUACCAUAUGAAAACAUAAACAAAGAAUUUGAACAACGUUGUAUCCUAUUAGAUGCUGGUGAAAAUACGUUAGGUACGAUUAAAAGAAUGUUUUCAAGCAUUGAGAUUAACGACUUAUUUAAAAAUUUAAAAAUGAUUUAUUUGAGUCAUUUGCAUGCUGACCAUCAUUUGGGAAUCAUUAGUAUUCUUAACGAAUGGUAUCUCCAUAAUAAAUUUGAUCCAGACUCUAAAAUAUAUUUAAUAACACCUUGGCAAUAUAAUAAAUUUAUGGAUGAAUGGUUGAGAUAUGAGAAUCCUGAAAUUUUAGAUAAAAUUCGUUACAUUAGUGGAGAACAUUUAAUCUCAAGUCCAUAUGUGAGAAAGGAAACAUUAGCAAUUAAGACCGAAGAAUACAAUGACAUCAUAAACGGAUCUAAUAUGAAGAAAAGAAAACUUGAAUUAGAUGAUAACUCAUCAUUUAGAGACCUGAAAGGAAUCAGAGAGAUGUAUAAAGAUUUGAACAUUAAUAGGUUUGAAACUUGUAAAGCAAUCCACUGUAACUGGGCUUACUCUAAUUCGAUUUCCUUCUUCAUGAAUCAUUAUUCAAAAAAUUCCUUUAAAGUCUCUUAUUCAGGAGAUACAAGACCUAAUUUUAAAUAUUUUGCUAACGGAAUUGGACAAGGGUCUGACUUAUUAAUUCAUGAAGCUACAUUAGAUAAUGAACUAGUGGAAGAUGCGAUACAAAAGAGACACUGUACGAUCAAUGAGGCAAUUGAAGUUUCAAAUACAAUGAAUGCACGAAAGUUAAUUUUAACACAUUUUUCUCAGAGAUACCCAAAGCUUCCUCAAAUGGAUAGAAAUAUUGAAAUAAAAGCCAACGAAUAUUGUUUCGCAUUUGAUGGUUUCAUUGUGAGUUACGAUAAAAUUGGAGAACAACAAAAAAUAUUUACUAUUUUAAAUAAACUAUUUGAUGAUGAAAAACAAGAAGAAACUGCUAUUACUGAUACUGAUGGUGAAAAUUGA